AUGGCUGUAACACAAGUCGAUGCGCUCGUUGUGGGCGCAGGCUUUGGAGGAAUAUAUCAGACGUACCGGUUGAACAAACUUGGCCUCAACGUGCGAUGUAUCGAAAAGGGCGCUGGGGUGGGAGGAACUUGGUAUUGGAAUCGCUAUCCAGGUGCAAUGAGCGACACCGAAGCGUACCUGUACCGGUUUUCAUGGGACAAAGAAGACCUCCUCACUUAUCCCUGGACCACGAGAUAUAUCUACCAGCCAGAGAUUCUCCGCUAUCUCAACCAUGUCGUGGACAGACACCACCUGCGAGACCAUAUCCAACUGAAGACCGAGAUGAUAACUGCCGAGUGGGAUGACGAUCAUCGUUCCUGGAAGGUGGUCUGCGCCGGAGGUACCACGUUCGUCGCGAGAUACUUGAUCAAUGCGCUCGGCCUGCUCUCAACACCAAACAUCCCUUUAGUAAAGGGGCUUAAUGACUUCGGUGGUCUUGUCGUGCAUACUGCUGCGUGGCCGGGAGAUCUAGAUCUGACGGGCAAGCGAGUGGGAGUCAUCGGGAACGGUUCGACGGGCAUCCAAGUGAUGACAGCAAUUGCUCCCCUGGUGAAGCAGUUGAUUUCUUUCCAACGACAUCCACAAUACUCUGUCCCGGCCGGCCAAAAGAUCGUGACGAAGGAGUAUCGACAGCAUAUCAAUGACACCUACGAUGCAAUUUACGAAGGCGUUUGGAAGUCUAGGAGCGGUUUCGGAGUUCCAGAGGUGACUACGCCUAUGAUGUCGGUAGCGCCAGAGGAACGGCAGCGCAUCUUCGAGGCCUUGUGGGAUCAGGGCAACGCGUUCCUCUUCUCGUCCAGUGGCUUCGGAGACAUCACUACAAAUGAAGAUGCAAACAGAGAGACCUGUAAGUUUAUCCACUCCAAAAUCGAACAAAUCGUCAAAGAUCCGGAAAAGGCCCGUGUCUUGAAGCCCAAGGACCUCUACGCCCGGCGUCCUGUUUGCGACACGGGCUAUUAUCAGAUCUUCAACCAGAGCAACGUCCAAGUUAUCAGCCUCCAAGAGACUCCGAUCGCGUCCAUUGUUCCUAAGGGCAUUCAGACCGACGACGGCAAGAUCCAUGAGCUCGAUGUUCUGAUCUUUGCAACCGGCUUCGACGCAAUUGACGGCAGCUACUUGAGAGUGAAGAUCCAGGGACGCAACGGACACACGCUGAAGGAACACUGGAGGGCAGGGCCCACAGCCUUUGGUGCAGUCAGCGUGUCCGGGUUUCCCAACAUGUUUCUCAUCUCGGGACCACAGGGACCCUUUGCCAAUAUCCCCUGUGCCAUUGAGUGUGAAGUGGACUUUGUGACCGAGUGCAUCAAACACGCGGAAUGCAACAGUGGAAACAGCACGGACAAACGAGCGCCGAAGAUGGAAGUGAAAGCGGAAGCCGAGGAAGCAUGGAGUGACAUCUGCAACCGGGCCGCGGAAGGAAGUCUGCUCAAGACUGCUGCAAGUUGGAUAUUUGGUGAAAACAUACCAGGUCGAAAGGGAGUGGUGAAGUUCUACUUCAGUGGACUGAAAGGAUAUCUAGACUUCACCGCAGCCGAGAGGGCCAGUGGAUUUCCCUCCUUCUUGGUUGAAUAG